AUCCCGUAUCACCACGCAGAUAACACGGCCGCAAGUCACAAGGCAAAUAAACACACCUAAAAAUAAAGUACCAUGUUGGCCAUUAUUAUAAUACCCGUGACUUUAAUUGGGCCGUGGUUAAACAGAUGGACGAGUGGUAAGUGCUUCAGAGAGGAGAGCCGUGAGGGUAUACGUGUAGCUCUCCAGUUGUAACUUGGCACCGGUGGGAAGGUAGCGGUAAUGUGACAUCUCCCAUCACGCGUUCAGCGCAACCUGGACUAAAACUUUGGAAUGAAUAAUGUCUGACGACGAGGAAUCUGAUGGUUUGGAAGGGCUACUGCUCGCAGCCAAAACCGGGGAUGUGGCAACUUUCAAGCAAUUGCUGAAAGCAGGCGAAGAUGUGCUGCAGAAAGACAAGAAUGACCAGACAGUGUUGCACUGGGCGGCACGGAGUGGCGAAGUGCCGGUCAUUUGUGCUGGGGUAUCACAAGGCUUGACCUGGCACAUCAAUGCAACGAGCAAGCGUGGUUUGACACCGCUGCACGAUGCCUGCCUAGCUGGCCACGUCAAAGCAACCAAUCUGCUUCUGGCAUUGGGUGCUGACGUCACAGCUCAAACCAAGGAGGGAUACACACCAUUGCUGUGUGCGGCUGGUAACGGUCACGUCGAGGUAGCCAAGCUACUGGUGGGAGCAGGAUGCGACCCAAACAAACUUAUCCCGCCAAUCGGAGUGAACGCUGUACACAUAGCUACAUGGACAGGGCAGGCCGACGUGUUGGAUACUCUUCUACAGUUAGGAGCCAGAGCAGACGAAAAGAGUAAGAUAGGGAAGACGGCAGCAGAGUUUGCCGCCGAACAAGAAAAUACGGAAUGCAUCGAGAUUCUCAAGAAACACGUGGCGAAGGGUGCCUCGUCACAAAUCGACGAAAUGAAGAUGUUCAAAUCCAAGAUGAGAAGAGUCGAGGAGAAAAUCCGCGGAUACUUCGAGGAGAAACUGAAAGAAGAAAUCAGCUACUUCGAGAAGCAGCUUCAAGACCAGCACGAAGAAGACAUGAGCGCGAUUAUCAAGUUGCAACAGGAGGUGUCGCGGUUGCAGUCCAUCCUAGGGCGGGAGCAGGCGCAGUUGUUACGGGGACAGCCGCUGCGUAGUCCCCGGCCAGACAUCAUCGAUCUGAAUCGGAUACCCACCGCGCCCAGGCCCGCUGGUAUAAGCCGUCAAAAGCGGCUAAGCGACAGUGACGCGCCGGACAACAACAACAAAUCCCUCAGCGGUGGCUCCCCGGGCACUGACAGCCCUGAGAGCGGAAACGAAGACGAUAGACCGGGAAUCAAGAGGGUCUCGUCUUCUAAGGACAAAACCAUCUCGGCUUUGAUUCAAGAAAGCGCCAAGAAAACCAACAGCAUGGCUUACCUCAGGAGGCAAUCGUCCGAGGAAAGUUCUAGCAGGACACCAAUACCGCGGAGUGGCAGUGCGGGGGCGAUGGGCCUCCCGAACCGACCCUUAUCAGCGCGACGCGGUCGGGUCAUCACUAUUGACACUCCACCUACCAGCCCCAUCAUCAAAACCCAACCAGGGGGAGUUUUCUCCGAUCUCUCCGCGUCAACCUCGGCCAUGAUGCCCAUGCCGCCCUCCCCAGAUCGUGAUCACCUCCAAGUCAGUGAAAUAGACGCUCCCAAGGGGCGUAGGAAGAGUCUCACCAUGUUGCUACGGCCGAUAUUCUUCGGUGACGGCACCAACAAGAUGGACAAGUCCAGACGUCGUAGUGUCGUGGCCACCAUGCCGGUGUCUCCACCUCAGGACAGUAAGCUGCAGAAGAAGAAUAAAGGACCAUCACUGCUACAGAGACCACUGCCUGGCAUACACGCAGUGGCAGACGAAACCGAAAUGAACACUCUCGACGAAUAGUCUACCCAUGGCUCCAUGGUCUACCACCAAGGUGUUUGCUCAUUCAUGCCAUUUUACUAACUUAAAGUCAAAGAUGGCAUCACGAUCACGUGCAGGUUGUUCGCGCAUGCUCACCGAAAUGCGCGCGCAUCUCAAAUUAAACACACUCGAACUGCGCAUGAGCUAGAUUGGAAGAUUCUUCAUCGUGGUGAAACUGUAUAUACCGGCCAGCGCAAGUCAAACAUUUCAAGCAACACUUCCAGAUGUAACGCUAUUAUAGUGAUAACCUAACAGUGGACAGUUACUGUAGGCCUAUACAACAUUUUUAAUUGAUAGUUAAAUUCGAAUUCAACAUUUAUAAUAAAUUUCAAAUUACGCAUUUUAAGGAUUUUCACAGUAUGAAACUCACCUCAAGAAUUGCACUUUUAUCGGAUAUUUUAAAGUCAUGUCAGAGAUAACGGCCAAGAAAAUUUGAUAUUUAUUGAUCAAGCAAUUUUUAAAGUGUUGCUAACAGCUAAACUAGACCGACAUGUAUAUUGUACAAUCAUGAUUAUCAUGCACUGGACACCUCAAGCACAUUGGUCCGACAUGAUGCCACUACGCUUAUCAUUCAUUGCACCGCGAAGUAUUUGUUUUUUGCUCACACAUCUUUUUUUAUAGGAAACAUUUUGUAACUUGCGUCCUCAGCACAUUUUUCAGGACCUGAUUACCAUUUGUUUGUAAAAUUAUCAAAUCCUCUGUGUUCAUUAUAAAUACAUGUAUAUAUAAAUAUUUUGUUCCCACUAGAUAAGUAAUUGAAGAAAGUCACGUAUAAUUUAACUUGUUUGUUGCUAGACCGGCCACUUUAGCUAGUUGUGUGCCGAAAAGUCACUGUGCAUACACGUUUUAAUGUGACGUAAAUUAAAAAAAGAGUAUUUUUCAAAAGUGAGAUU